AUGACGCUGCUCAAGCUGUCCCUCAUGGCCUUCAGCUUCGUCUUCUGGGCAGCGGGGCUGACCAUGCUCAUCAUCGGCCUCUGGGCCAAGGUGUCUCUGGGCAGUUACUUGGCGCUGUCGGCCAGCGGCUACCCCAGCGCCCCCACCAUCCUCUUGGCCACCGGCGUCGCUGUCAUCAUCUGGGGCUUCCUGGGAUGCUUCGGCGCCGCUACGGAGCACCGGGGACUCCUGCGCGCCUACAGCGCCUUCCUGGCGGCCGUGCUGGCGGCCGGGCUGGCGGCCGGGCUCUCGGCGCUGCUGUACCGCCAGACCCUGGCGCAGGGCUUCCAGGAGGGGCUGCGCCGGGCGCUGCUGGCCUACGGGGAGGACGACGGCGUGGCGGACGCCCUGGACGCGCUGCAGCGAGCCUUGUCCUGCUGCGGCGUGGAGAGCUACCGCGACUGGCUGCGCUCGCCCUGGGCGCUGGGGCAGAACGGCUCGGUGCCCCUCAGCUGCUGCCGGGCCCGCCGCGGCUGCCAGCGAGGCCCGCCCGACGCGCGCUGGCUGCACCGCGACGGCUGCUUCGGCAGGGUGUCCGCCUUCGUCGGCAGCAACCUGUACUGUGUCGCCACCGCUGCCCUGGGGCUGGCACUGCUGCAGCUCGUCGGCAUCGUGCUGGCCUGCCUGCUGGCUGCCCGCGUCCCUGCCCACCUGCUGGGCAUCGCCACCCCUCGCUGA